CUAGCUAACAUAAAGACAUGGGCCGUUGCAAGGAAGUUACUGCUGCUAAGCUAACAGAUGAUCUAGUUGUCGAUAUCAUUUCCCGCCUGACGUACAAGGACUAUUGCCGAUGCAAAUGUGCAUAUAAGGCCUGGUCUGCCUUGUCCUCUGAUCCACACUACCACAAGAAGCUGCCCCCAAAAGUAACCACGGGCCUUUUGUACCAAGGUCGCAAUAAGUCUGCUAUCCCACUUGUUAGCCUGUCCCAAGAUGAUGAAGAAAUCGAUGACAUUCUUGCUGACGCACCUCACUAUGAGCAUCUAGAAAUCCUUGACUGCUGCAAUGGUUUAGUCCUUUGUAAGUAUAGGAGCAGCUAUACUACUCCAGGCAUUUGCCGCUUCGUUGUGUGCAACCCAGCAACUCGACAAUGGAGGAUGAUUCCUGAUACUCAUCCUGAGACAGAUGACCCUCGUUAUGUAACUGUUUUGGCGUUUGAUCCAUCAUGGUCACCGCAGUUCUACAUCUUCAAUUUUCAUCUGAAGCAUCACCAGGGUUUGAUACUUGGUACCAGCAAACUUGAGAUAUUCUGGUCUGAAAGCACCUCAUGGCUUGUGGAUGAUAAAUGGGAUUCUGAUAUAGUUGUUUCCCAUAGGCCUCACUUGUUUCUUCAUGGGAUGUUGUAUGCGGAGACUACUGGACAAGAAGUUGUGGUGUUUGAAGGCUUGGAGGAAAUGAGUGAUGGCACACUGCCCUAUCAUUGGAUUAUUGAUAUGCCAUCUGACUCUUUUUAUGUGGGUACUUUCACCCAUGGUUGCUUUGGCAAAUCUUCAGGGAACUUGCACUAUGCAUUGCCAGAUGCGGAUGGUCACUCGAUUGUAGUUUGGACUCUGGAUGAAUAUGCUCAUGGUUUACGGGCUUGGAUUCUGAAGUGCCAUCUUAGUAUGACUGAUGCAUUUGGAAGGGACGACUUUGUUCACUAUGACAAUGGUGGCGACGGUGGCGACCGUCUCUGGUUUUGGAACUGUGAUUAUUGUAUUGUUGCUCUCGACUUGGAGAAAGACCUUGUUUUCCUCUCCGACACAGAGAAGCUUCUUUCUUACAACAUCAGCACUGGUAUACUUGAGCAGAUACGAGACGGCUUUGAUCGGCAUCAAUACCAUGCCUACGUACCAUGCUACUCAAAGCUUCCAGAUCAAGAAUCUUCGGUGCAGUGA